AUGAAAGCCUCUAUCGUCAGCGCUUCCCUCUUCGUCGCAGCAGUCUCUGCUCACGGGAACAUCACCUCCCCUCCAGCGAGACAGGCGGGUGCCGCUAUGGCGGCUGUUUGCGGACAGACCGCUGUUGAUACUAUCAACUCGGACCCUACUAUCCCCCUGGAGGACGUGACAGCCGCAUCAACAGAGUGCAAUCUGGGUCUCUGCAGAGGUGCAGUCUUCGAAGACAACGCGCAGCAAGUCCAGCAGUUCACCCCGGGGCAGGUCGUCGACAUGACGGCGGCCAUUCCCAUCCCCCACGCCGGCCCCAUGAACACGAGUAUCGUCGACACCGCCACGAACACGGUCAUCGGCGCACCGCUCAUCUCAUUCGACGUCUACGCCGAUGAGAGCCUGGCUCAGCUGCCAGCCAACAACACGGCCUUCAGUGUCACCAUGCCCGCGAACCUCUCCGCGACCAAGUGUGCCGUUGCUGGCGAGUGUGUGCUGCAGUGGUUCUGGUUCGGAACCAAUGCUCAGCAGACGUAUGAGUCUUGUGUUGAUUUCGUCAUGGUGCAGUAA